GGCUCCUGUAGGUAAUUUUUCCUCCCUCCUGUCUGUAAACGGCGCAUCAAAACACAACAGUGCCUCGUGCUUCCCUCCUUCUCUUUGUACACAACUAGGUCAAUUUGCCUUAUCCCCUGUCCAGGAAAUUAUCCACGUUGCUGCAGAUCCUGAACACCGAAGCCGAGCCGUUCCCACAUCCGCCACGAAUUCCCGCAACCAAUUCUGCCCGGUUCUGACUGCUCAAACGUCGCCAUCAUGCUCUACCGAGGACUUCGGCUCGCGGCUCGUACCGCUCCUAGAUUUUCGCUCUCCAGCACGAGCUCAGCACUACGCCAACUCCCUCUGCAAUUUCAGCAUGUACGGACCUACGCCGAUACGAUUGUCAAGGUGCCGACGAUGGCCGAGUCGAUCAGCGAGGGCACCUUGAAACAGUGGAACAAGUCUAUUGGCGACUUUGUUGAGCAGGAUGAGGAGAUUGCAACGAUUGAAACGGACAAGAUCGAUGUUGCCGUGAACGCACCAGAAGCCGGCAUCAUUAAAGAGUUCUUGGCCAAUGAGGAAGACACUGUCACUGUCGGCCAGGAUUUGGUGCGCAUUGAGCUCGGUGGCGCGCCGUCGGGCGAUAAGCCGGCCGCGACGGAGGCCAAAGAGACGCCUAAGGAGACGCCUAAGGAGACGCCCAAGGAGCCAGCACCCGAGAAACAGACGGAGCAAAAGAAUGCGCCAGAGCCCAAGCCGCAGGAAACGAAGCCGGCUACUCCAUCUGCCCCGGCGAAGGAAGAGUCGGCUGCGCCGAAGCAGCCGGCCAAACCGGCAAAAGCCACCACCGAAGCUCCUGCCACUCUGGGUAGCCGGGAAGAAAGGAGGGUGAAGAUGAACCGGAUGCGUCUCCGCAUCGCGGAGCGCCUCAAGCAGUCCCAGAAUACUGCUGCCUCGCUGACCACAUUCAACGAGGUCGACAUGUCGGCCCUGAUUGAGUUCCGCAAUAAGUACAAGGAUGAGGUCCUGAAGAAGACGGGCGUGAAGCUGGGCUUCAUGAGCGCCUUCUCUCGCGCUUGCGUUCUCGCUAUGCGCGAUAUCCCGGUAGUUAAUGCGUCAAUCGAGGGCCCCAAUGGUGGCGACACCAUCGUCUAUAGGGACUACGUCGAUAUCAGCGUUGCCGUCGCAACAGAGAAGGGCCUUGUUACCCCCGUUGUACGCAACGUAGAGACCAUGGACAUGAUUGAGAUCGAGAAGGCUAUUGCCGAGAUGGGCAAGAAGGCUCGUGAUGGCAAACUUACGAUUGAGGAUAUGGCUGGCGGUACUUUCACCAUCAGUAACGGAGGGGUUUUCGGUUCCCUUAUGGGCACUCCUAUCAUUAACCUGCCACAGAGUGCGGUGCUCGGCCUCCACGCCAUCAAGGAUCGCCCCGUGGCCGUUAACGGCAAAGUGGAGAUCCGCCCGAUGAUGUACCUUGCCCUCACCUACGAUCACCGUCUGCUGGAUGGCAGGGAGGCGGUGCAGUUCCUGGUCAAGGUUAAGGAGUACAUUGAGGACCCCCGCAAAAUGCUCCUUUAGGCCUUGGCUGGGUCGGGUGUUCUCUACGAAAUUUGGAGAGGAAAGGGGUGGCAAGAUUGGUGUUUGCCCAUGAAGGAAGAAGCAGCGGUGACACGGUCGCCUGUGUAAUAUAAGCUCUUGGAGGACUCUGGUUCUCGUACACUGCAUCCUAGUGGCGUUCCAAUUGGACUUGGGCAUGUCGUUUUGC